CGUGUCUUCCGCCCGUAGUCUUCGGCGGCUGGGCUCGGACGGUACUCCGCGGAGGCCUAGCCCUCGUCCCCUCAGCCCGCCAGCGGAGCCCGGGGCCUGGGUGAGGGGGCGACGCGGUAUGGAGUUCGCCGAGCUGAUCCCAACGCCGCGCGUGGACGGCGUGGCGCUGCACCGGCCCUCGCACGCGGCCGUCGAGGGCACACUGUGCCUCACGGGCCACCACCUGAUCCUGUCCUCGCGGCGGGGCGGCGCGGAGGAGCUGUGGCUGCUGCACGCCAACGUGGACGCCAUCGACAGGCGAUUUGUGGGAUCACUGGGUACCAUUAUCAUAAAAUGUAAAGAUUUUCGAAUUAUUCAGUUGGAUAUUCCUGGAAUGGAGGAAUGUUUGAAUAUUGCUAGUUCUAUUGAGGCGUUGUCUACCCUGGACUCCAUCACUCUGAUGUACCCUUUCUUUUACCGGCCGAUGUUUGAAGUGGUGGAGGACGGCUGGCAUUCCUUCCUUCCUGAGCAAGAGUUCGAGCACUAUUCUUCAGCCACCAGUGAAUGGAGGCUGAGCUAUGUCAAUAAGGAAUUUGCUGUCUGUCCCUCUUACCCACCAAUUGUCACAGUACCCAAAUCCAUUGAUGACGAAGCUCUUCGGAAGGUAGCUGCAUUUCGACAUGGAGGGCGCUUCCCAGUACUAAGCUAUUAUCACAAAAAAAAUGGAAUGGUCAUUAUGCGAAGUGGUCAGCCACUCACUGGCACUAAUGGGAGGAGGUGCAAGGAAGAUGAGAAGCUGAUAAAUGCCACCCUCAGGGCAGGAAAGCGGGGCUACAUCAUUGACACCCGGUCUCUAAAUGUGGCUCAGCAAGCCAGAGCCAAAGGAGGAGGCUUUGAACAAGAAGCUCAUUAUCCCCAGUGGAGGCGAAUCCAUAAGUCCAUUGAGAGGUACCACAUUUUUCAGGAAAGCUUAAUCAAACUCGUGGAAGCAUGUAAUGACCAGACACAUAACAUGGACCGAUGGCUCAGUAAAUUGGAGGCCUCCAACUGGCUGACUCACAUCAAAGAGAUUCUGACUACUGCCUGCCUCGUGGCUCAGUGUAUUGACAGGGAGGGAGCGUCAGUACUGAUUCAUGGAACAGAAGGAACUGAUUCUACACUGCAGGUGACCUCCCUGGCCCAGAUCAUCUUGGAACCAAGAAGCAGGACUGUCCGUGGUUUUGAGGCCCUCAUAGAAAGAGAGUGGCUACAGGCUGGCCACCCGUUCCAGCAGCGCUGCGCACAGUCAGCCUACUGUAGCAGUAAGCAGAAGUGGGAGGCACCUGUCUUUCUCCUCUUCUUGGACUGCGUGUGGCAGAUACUUCGCCAGUUCCCCUGCUCUUUUGAAUUUAACGAGAGCUUCCUCAUCAUGCUCUUUGAGCAUGCUUACGCCUCACAGUUUGGGACGUUUCUUGGCAACAGUGAAAGUGAAAGGUGUAAGUUGAAGCUACAGCAGAAAACGAUGUCUCUGUGGUCCUGGGUUAAUCGGCCCAAUGAGCUGAGUAAAUUUACUAAUCCUCUCUUCGAAGCCAACAACCUUGUCAUCUGGCCUUCAGUUGCUCCACAGAGUCUUCAGCUGUGGGAAGGUGUCUUUCUGCGUUGGAACAGGUCCUCUAAGUAUUUGGAUGAAGCAUAUGAAGAAAUGGUUAACAUCAUUGAAUAUAACAAAGAAUUACAAGCCAAAGUAAAUAUCCUCAGGAGGCAGUUGGCAGAACUGGAAACAGAUGAUGGGAUGCAGGAGAGUCCCUGAAAGAUCUCCCCACCCGCUUUGUACAUACCCUGCCUGAACUGCACCCCGCCUCUCUCUUCCUUUUGCCCUCCAGUUCACUUUGACACAGUAGCCUUGAACUUAAGGCUUAAGAGGUGGGACCCCACUAAUGUAACGGACUUCUCAACUCUGUAUGAAUGAAACUUACUAUAAUUACUCAUGUUCCAUGUGGCCUGUUCGGCCCCUCCACUAUGAGAGCAGGAAGGAGGUGCUAGUCAUUUUAUUUAUCUGUGUGAAGCAGAUGACCUACUUAUUGCCAUUUGUGUUAUACACCAUUUCAUCGGAAGCUUUCCUCUGUCCACUUUCCAAACAGUGCUCCAGACCAGUCAAGGAUACAAUUAGUCUCUUUAAGGAAUAUUCAGUGAUUUUUAAAAAGGGUCAGGCUUUUAAACAUUCUGAGUAUAGAACUGUUUUUCCAAACUGGAACAGUUAAUAAACCAAGAAUUUUGUGUUUAGCAUGCCAUUUCCAACUUCUUUACCACACAAAGUAGCCAUUCUUUUAAAAAUAGUUUUGGACUAACAAAACUGAAUUCAUUCUUAAUCUGGUUUGUCAAGAAGGGAAAAUCUGAAUACUUAUUCAAGGUAAAUUAAUUCUACACGGGCAAGAGGUAUAGUCCUCUAAUAGAAGAAGCAUUCAAUUUAUUUUAACAAUAGACACUAAAAGUAUGUGUAAUAUACAGUUAAAGUAGGAAUUUGUUACUGAUAAGUCAUUGUUAAUAUUGAGUUGGUUUUUCAGGUUUUUGGCCAUACAUGUAAGAUAUGUACCAAAUACUGGAUGUAAAAUUAAACCAUCACUUAGACUUUAGUUAAUUUGUUCUAAUUAAGCUACAGAUAUGGUUUCCUUAAACCAGAGAUGCACUACCCUUGUCUAAAGUUCUUACUGCACUGGUUUAUAUAUGCAUGUGUGUAUUUUAUUGUGUAUAUGUGUUGUUGUUGUUUUAAUUUUUAAGUAUUCUAAGAGUUUACUAAUAUCAAGGUUAAGAUUUUCAUGUCAUCUUGACCCUUCUGCAAACUCAUCUUGACUCUGCUGAGUUGUCCGUUAUGUGUUAGGCAAAUAUAAUUUAAGUGGAGGGGAAGUUUAUGAAUAUGACGCAGCCUAUGUUUUGAACCUCAGAAACAGAUCUGCAGUGUUCCAGUGUCACAGAGACAGUGACGACUCUACCCAUACUCUGCUACUUUGCUUAUGCCCGCAGCCUAAAUGUUCAUGUUUCCAUACUUCCACGUACGUUUCUGUUUUGUGGCACUGCUCAUUUUAACAAAUACUAUUAAUUCUAGUUUUCCUUUAAAAAAAUAGUUGAAGUGUAAUCUUUAAUAUCAUUUCUAUACCAUCUAUGUAUAACCAUGUCAGUUAACAUACCAAACUGAACCCUGCUUUAGAGCUAUGUACUGAACUAAAAAUAUAAUUUUUAAAAAUCAACUUUAGCAAAAUCACAAUACUUAGAAAGUGGCAAAUACUUUCUGUCUCCAGUUGCCCAAGCUUCAUCUUUUUAUGUUUCCUCAGCCUUGUAGCAAAGGCUAGAGAAUGAUCAAUAGUCCAGACUCUAAGUUCAGCUUCAUUCUUGACUAAUUAUCAUCUUGGCUGCAGUUAUGCAUCUUGCUUGGGGCAUUAAAGCCCUCACCAAAAGGCUAAGGCAAGGAGCAUAAUAGAUGUUCUGGUAUCUCUGUGUUGUUUGAAAUGUUUAUCGUAGCUUUGUAAAAGAGGAACAGCCUAGCUUUUUAAUGGCUCCUCAAAGUUGCUUGCUGUAUCUGUUCAUGCAGCUGACCUGUUUGUUUUCUCCUACUGUCUCAAGACUUAAUAUGAAGGAGCCCUUUUCUUCUCAGUUAAUAGACCCAUAAGGAAAAGCAUCUAGAGAUUUUUAAGUUACUCUCUGUAAGUGACUCCCACUGCUUGUAUUGAUUGGCCAUAGGACUUUCAUGGGUGGACACUUUGGGAGUUUCAUCAGGCUUGGUCAUGGAGAAAUUGUAUGCCGUCAGUCUAUACCUGUCUUCCCGACACACAUUGUGUGUGCAAGUCAGAGGACAAUAGUAGCAUUCCAAUUUCUUUUUCUUUCUCAUAUUGAGGCAGCAGUCUUCACCAUUUUGGCAAGUUUGCAUUUUAGUGUUAAUUUAUAGUUAGGGAUUGUUCAAACCUUAGGUUUGUUUACAGGUUGUAAAAAUAAACUUUGGUAUCAGUGCACUUUUAAAAGGUUCAUUUAAUAAAGCAAAUACUAGGGUUUUCCCAAAGCUGAAAACUGUCAGAAACAAGUGUGUUAUCAAUAUAAUCUGAAGAGGGUUCUUGGUAAUUCAGUGACGUUACCCCUACCUUGGGGGAGGAGAAUAAAUAAAAUGGAUGCAUUCAGGAGAAUGUACUUGUUAAACAUUAAGUAUGGAGAGCUGCCUUUGAUAAAUGUGGCAUUAAGAAACUCCAGUGAAGAGAAUGGUGGCAGAAUUAGGGAGCAGGCACAUUGCGCCAUGGGAGCCCCUAGUAACCAAGUGAGAUACAGUCUCGUUCGUGUGCAGUAAUUGUCCCCAUCCUUUUGUAGCGAAGGCUGGUUUUCAUCUGUGGGUGCAUAAAGUGGCCCACACAGAGUAACAUAAAAACACAAAGGGUCACGGCAGCCUCUGUCAACAGUACAAGGGCCCAUAGACUUAGAUCCCAACCAGAAGAAUGUAGUUGGGUGAUGAUGUAAAAACCUGAAGCUUUUUUGCUGGAAGGACUUUGCAGUAGUCAUUUGUUUCAUUAAAAUUUUUAACUUUGAUUUUAUUAAAUGGGAAGAAAAGCAGAAAAAGUAAAAUCCAAUAGUUAAUGUAUUUUAUUUCAUAGAAAACUUACACCGUCAAAACAGGGGUUUUAAAUGAUUUUCAAGAAAACUUGGGAAGACAAUAAUGGACAUUCAUUUAAAAUCCCAUCUGGGGGAUUUAAAAGUUUUUCUUUGAACUUUGAGGCCUGAUUUAGAGGUGGAAUCUCAUUGCUUUUCAUGUUAGAUGAAAUUUAGUGGGAUUUUAGUCUUUGAUUCAGUUAGCAUUUGGUUUAUGUUAAAUAAAAAAUCAAUAUCAUGGAAAAGAUUUGACCAGUAGUUUAGUCUCUUGACAUGAAAAAUAGAAGUAACGUUUUGUUGCAUUUUGAAAAAUCUGCUUAAAGACAUACAUGUAGUUAUCUGGUUUCAGAAACAGCUGUUUUAAUUGUCAGUCUGAACUAGGUCAUCAGGUUCACUUAUUAUCAGACCUUAACCUGGGGCAAAGGUUUUGGUAUCUGCCCACUUACAGAUUUAACAAACGAAAAUUGCAUGAGGGUAUUAUGAGCAGUCUUUAUUGGAAAGAUAUUUCCUGGACUAAAAAUGGGCAAUAUUUGCAAUAGUUGAUGCCUAUUCUGGAAGCUUUGAAAUUAACCAGAGAAUGAAGUCAUUUAGUACAUCUGAUACAGGUCUGUGCGAUACUUCACGACAACAUGGAUUAGCUCCUCCUUAUUCUUUAACGUAGGCCAGAUCUUUUUGUCCUCUCCAGAGCUGGUAUCCUAAAUUAUUACCAGAUAGUAUUUUUAUGUUAUUCAUCAUCGUAACAAAAAACAUUAAAAGACUGAUUUCUGCAUUUAUAUUUAUUCUCAGAUGAUAUGAAAUGCUAAAUUUCUUAUAGUAUGUGUUUUCUAAUUUCUAUUUUGUUGAAUAAAACUACUUCUACCUUCACACAGUCUUUAUAAUCCACUGUCCAUAGCAUCUUCUUCCUUUAAACCAAUAGCCCCAAAAGAGACCCUCUGAAACUCUAGAACUAGGUUUUAAAAAGUCUGAACUUGUUAUCUAAAUUUCCUUUAAGAAACCCAGUGUGCUAUCUCUUGAACUACACUGUGGAACAGUAAUUUGUGCUCAGUUUAGUGGAAGAUGAUGGGGCUCACUGGAGACACCACAGUGUUCUGAAAAGUAAUUCCUAAUGAGAGGUUACUGACUUUUAGAGCCAUUCUGUUUAACCAUCUGUGAGUCUAAGGAUUAAUUGUAUUGGUGAUUUGUAAUAAGACUGAGUUGUGCAACACUGCUUGCAUCUGUCUAGACAAGACAUUUGCUUCACUUUUAAAAUGCACAUAUCUUUGGAGAAGUCAUUUACUCUACACAAAUACACCCUGAAUCCCACUCUUUAGUAUCCUUACAGAUCUAUUACCAUCUACACUAAAAAUGUUGUACUUGCACACCUUAGUUUAUUUUUAAAAAAAAGAAUAUGUAUUUCUUCAAUAGCCGGGUAUUUGGAUUGUACUCUUGAUAUAUUUGAAUGUGACUCUUAGAUUUAAGUGCACUAUUAUUCAUGUCUUACACAAUAAAAUUGCACUGUAUGGCAAACGUGUCUAUAAUGUGUACUUUGCUAAAACCUCAGAGUGCUGUAAGGUACAGGUUUCUAUAUUGUGAACCUGUCUCUCUCUCUCUCUCUUUCUAUAUAUAUAUAUAUAGUCUUAGGGAAAAAUUCUGAACUUUUGUAAAUCUGUGUAACAUUUUAAUAUUAUUUGUAAUGUUUACUAAGUGAUAAGUUCACUUAUGUCCUGUAACUAAAAUCAUUCACCUUGAGUUGGCCUGUUUGUCAGAUUUGGUUUACUGAAUCAAAAUAGUCUUGUUGAAUGUGG